AUGUUAAAUGAGAAAACAGCUCGUGACAAGCUGUUAAACAGUUGAAUAAAGUAGGAAUAUUAGGACAAUGUGCAUCAUGUGAAUGAUGUAAGAAAGAAGAGACGGAGGGUACGAUAAACACAGUAUCCUUUCCCAUUAUAAUAAUGAGGGGAAUUAGUAAAUGGAAGAGGAAACCGUCAUCGAACAGCACUCGAUGACUGGUCCCCCUUUUAAAGCCAUAUAUCCAAGCGCCGUGCUGAUUGCCCAGAAGUCAAGGAAACCCCAGAGAGAAAAAGUUAUUUUUGUUUUGCGGCUGCACCGGAUUUUUUUUGAUGGUAGAUUCCAGAAUGGCUUCUCUCUUCCCGGGACUGAGCACAAAGUAUAGUGUAUAAAAUCCUUGCAAGCCUUUGUUUAUGCCAACAAUGCAGCAAUGAAGGAUCUGGUCUGAGGUAACUCUAAUAACAAUCGACGCUGAGGAGAAAAUGUUGUUGCAAGGAGAUUUUGAUAUGAAUUCUGUGCAUGCAUACACUGAUUCACUUAAAGAAGCUUUGAAACACACAAUGCUUAAUCAGGAGGUCAUAUUUAGGAACCAGGUACAUGAACUUCAUCAUUUAUAUAUGGUGCAAAUUAUGCUGAUGAAAAAUCUAGGCUACAAGGAUUUUGAUAGAUACAUUUCGGGGAUAGAUAGCACACAAUCAUCUUUGGCACCCCCCAUAAAUCCUGUAAGAGGUGAACCGUUGCUGAAAGAAACAAAAGUUUCCACAAUUCCAACGUUGUACGAUUACUGCUUUUCAGUUAGCAGCUUCUGUCAUGUGCAUGGCACUGAUUUUAUGCCUAUCCUCCAUGGAAGAAUCAAUGGCUGUGCCCAGUUAUCUUUCCCCAUUUUUCUGAGCAGAAAAAAAUGUUUCUGUGGCUCAUAUAUACCUUUGCAUGUUUUUCAGGGUGGCUCCUCACAAUUUUUGAGUCAGGAGUUGUCAACAGGUUGUGAUAUGGACUGUAAGCUUCAGCUAAUGUCUUUUGAUCUUCAACUUCCUGCUGAUCUGUACAUCAGCCUUGCUGACAGGAUUUUCCAAACAAAAGGAAUGUCUCAGAUAUCUUAAAAUAUACCUCAAACAGUUGUGCUGGUAACAUAUCAAAUCCUGUGGACUUAACUCUUUCCCUCAGUCUUGGAGAGGACAGCAGGAAAAGAGAAGGCAAAAAAAAAAGUCUCUCUUAUCCCCAAGCUGUCAUCAAUUUGGAAGAUUCAACAGAGGGGAUGAAUAUUGAUGAAGUGGAAUGUGGACCUUCUCUGGGCUUUAUUCCUUUACUCACAUCCUCUGAGGGAAAGCAUGAGUCACAUGAGUUCAUAUUAUCUGAUCCAACGGCCCCAAGCUGUGUUAAGCAGGAUAUAUCUCAUGAUUUUACAGAUCGUAGCUCUCUUGUAAAUAGCCAUCAACGCUGCCAAGAGCAGCACCCUCACAAUCAAGAUUUUAAAGAGUCAAAGAAUGAUAGCCAAUUUAACAAUAUGUCCUUGGAUAAGCACCAAAACCUUUCUUCUCAUGAAGCUACGUUCCUGGACCUGAACAAAAUAGACCUUAAUGACUCAUCUUGUUACUCAAAUGCUCCUAUGGUGACCUAUCCUUCAACUGCCAGCUUGUCAGGUGAUUUUCGUGAAUUAGAUGGCAAGGAUAAAGAAGAGUCUUGUCCAACCACAAUUUGGAGAAAAGAAAUUAAUGACUGCUCAAAUGAACCUUCUGACAUGUCUCAACAAGAUUUCACUGUAAAUGUUGCUCUGACAAAUCCAGAUAGCAGAAAUAAGAUAACAGAACUAUGGCAUAGUGAUGCCAAGCUUAGUGGAGUCUGUGAAACUGAAGCAAGCCCCAGGGAUCACAAGUCUGUUUUUCUGCCAUUGGAGCUUGGUGAAGAGCAUGACGCCUGUGGUAGUGACCUCAAGAGUGAAAAGGAUAAGUCAAUAUCAGAAAGUCAAGGUGGGGUUUUAAAUGACCUGAAUAAUACAUGUGAAGUCGUUUCACAAGUGAGCUGUGAGAUGAGUGUAGUAGAAGGCACUGUAUAUCUAUGUUCUGUUCGAAAUCAGAAUCCAGGUCAAGGCAAACGUGAAAAUAGGUUUUCGGCUUCUUGCUUGUCCUGCUGCACUGUUGAUGAUGUACCUAAGACCACUCAAUGUGGGAUUGAAGCAGGAAAAUCUAGUAUCCCUCUUUCUCAUCAGUUAUCAGAAACCUCUAUGCACUCCCAAGUUACGAAAAUUUUAUCAGGUGGGCAGGAUGAAAGAUCUCCCAGCUGUAGUGAAGUACAACAGGAAUGCAUCGAUAACAAAGAAGAAACAGCUAGACAGGAUAUAUUGGUCCAAAGCGCAGCUGAAUCACUUAUCUCGUUGAAUUCAGCUGGUUCUCAUGAUUAUUCAACCAAAACUGGGUCCAAUGAGAUAAUAAAUGAGGAAAGUGAGCAGCCACAGAGCUCAUCUGAUUCUUUCGAGUUAAUAGCUCUGAAGCUAACAGAAAGUAGUUCUGAUGAUUUUUCAGUGUCAUCAAAGCCAUUUGAAGUAAAUGAUCUAGAUAAAAACAAUAUCAGUGUCAAGUGGAGAAGGGGGAGGAGAAUGAAAGAUUUUCAAAAAGACAUAUUGCCUGAGCUGGUGUCUCUCUCCACACAUGAAAUUCGUGAAGAUAUAAAUAUUAUGGAGGCAGUCUUAAGAUCUAAAGAAUACCGGAAAAACAGAGCCAAAAUGGCUGAUGAAGAAAGCUGGUGGUGUUUACCAUCAAAAAGUAGACGCACAAGAUACAAUUACACCCAGCGAAGAAAUUAUAUAUAAAACAUCAAGUUUAGGUCAGCUGUGAUUCAUAUCUUAACAUGCAUUUGUUGUGGAACUAGUUAGUGGUACAUUAUUUGGAAAUUCACUGUUACAUGAGAUUCUAUGUAGGGUUUGAUUGUUACCAGUGUAUUUUGUUUUCUCUUUUUCUUUUCUUGAGCAGCAUUCUGAAAAGGAGAAAUGAAAAUAACUAUGUUUCAUUUCUGUAA